CAUGAAGGCAUUCGCAAUUAUAGCAUUGUUGUUCAUUACAACCUACUCCUAGUCCAACGAAAUAGAUGUAGUAUUAAAAAUGUUAGCAGAUUUGAAAAAUGGAACUUCGAAAUAACUAGAACAAUUAGACUCUGAUUGGUCUGCCACUAAAUACGUAAUAAUAUCAUGCAAACUAUAAGACAAAACAAGAUAUCGUGAAUGAUUUGAUGAGAUCUGCCUCUACUUAGAGAGGAGAAUGCAAUCGAAGAGACCAAGAAUGGGCUAACAAAGAAAGAGAUAUUAGAAUUACUUUAAGCUACAUCAAUUGGUUAGAAAAAAGAAUCAAAGAGAAUAAUGAGAGACUUCAAAGAUUGGAUGUCAAUAGAUGCGAAUCUAAUUCCAACUUUAUCAAUGAUAUCAAAAAUAGCAAAAAAACAUUAAAUUUAAUAGCUUUCCUUAGAAGAGCUGUUAAAAAUGCCAAAGAAGUAAAUCAUCACAAUAACUAUUUAGACUGACUUGCCCACAUUAUUACAAUCUGCCUAAUUCAUCCAACUCAAAUCCUACUUAGCUGAUGAUGAAGAUGAACCAGAAGUCACUUCUGACAAUAAUGAACCUCCUCAUGUUUAUGAAGAUGCAGAAGUCGAUACAGACGGAGACUAACAAGACACUCAAGAAGUUGAAGAGGCAAAUCAAGAAACAACUGAAGAAACAGUUGAUGCAUCAGCACCAGCACCAGAAGAUCAUGAGAUUGAAUAGCACUAAGAAAGUGGAGAACCAGAUGCUCCUGUUCCUGAACAUCCAUUUGAAGCUGCUGAAAAGACGACCAAUGAAUAAUUAGCUAAGGAAGCUGCAGCCUUCAACAAAAUUAUUGAGAAGGGACAAAAGGCUCCUGCAGAAUCUGGAUCCUAAAAGGAUUAUAGUUAAUUCACAGUGGCUUAAUAAGAGUUGCUUAAUUUCCUUGACAUCCUGGAAUCAGAGGUUCAAGGGUCAUUUUCAAAGAAAUAGGACAAUUAAGUCACAUCUGCCAUGGGCUACAGUGAUUUCAAAGGGUUGAUUAUUAAGGAGAAUGAGACUUUUAAGGGUCAUCUUGUCGCUGAAGAUGUUAAUCUUGUAUGAUAUCUCAUUUAUCAAUAGGAAAAAUUGCAAAAUCAAUUAAUCACCAUUUUAUAAGCCACUGCUGCCUGCAAAGAAAGAUUAAAGAAAAUCCAGAAUUCCAUUGAUUUAGCCAACGAAGUGAGAUUUAUCAUUAAUAUUUAGGACUUGAAUUCUGCUGAAGCUCAUUAUAAAUCAGUAAGCGAAACUUUGAAUGAAGAAUUGAACACUUUUGAUGAUGUUUACAGAAUCUAUUCCAGUCAAGUUGGAUCUCAAAGUACACAAUAUAAGAGAGAUGUCUAAGGCAAAAUUACCAAUUGAUAUUAAAUAUAUAUCAAUAUAUUAA